UAUCUUUCUCUACGCAUGCACAACGUACCUAGAGGAAAAAGGGAGGAGUAACGCGACUUCCGCCCAUCAGGCGCGUUCUUCCGGGUUGAUGUCUCUCUCUCCUAUUAUCUCUAUGCUGUGGAGGACCGUCCGAUUGUGCUUGUGGUAGGGGAGCGCGUUAUCUUUUGUAAUAGGGACGUGGCCGUGGCUCAUAUGGACGAGAGGCUGUAGUGGGAAAGAGGAGGCCUGGUUGGAGCUUUCUCUACAGGUGAAGACGGGUAAAAGGAGGAGCGGGGCGGCUACUGGACCCCGGAGUUGUCUGUUGUUAAUUGUACUAAAUGUUAUGGUCUGGUCAUGUCCCAAAAGGAUAUUGAACCCAUGAAUGAAGAUGCAUGUGAACUUGAUGAAAAUAUUCAGAAGACAGAACAGUCUGACCCCAGUGAGACUAAUGGAGCAGAAGCUGACCUUGUGGCUAUGACACGGAAAAGGCCUGAAGCUAAAAUCUCCGAGCCCACUAUUGCCCAAGAGCCACUGAGCCAGAAUGUGCAGGGUUCCAGUUCCGCCGAAGAGUUGCAAACAGGAUGGGGGUACUGGGGGAGCUGGGGAAAAUCACUGCUCUCAACUGCUUCUGCUACAGUGGCUACUGUAGGUCAUGGAAUCUCAAAUGUCAUUGAAAAAGCAGAGACAUCCCUUGGGAUCCCCAAUCCUGGUGAAUUAUCUUCUGAGGCCAAAGGCAUAACAGAAGAAUGCCAUAAUUCUUCUGAAGAAGGCUAUGAUGGCAAAGGAAAGUCUGAAAAUCCCUCACCUAUUAGUGGUGCAUAUGGAAUGUUUUCUACCAUCUCUGCUGCUGUUCAGAGUACAGGGAAGACUGUUAUUAGUGGAAGUUUGGAUGCAUUAGAAUUCAUUGGUAAGAAGACUAUGGAUGUGAUAGCUGAAGGUGACCCUGGUUUUAAGAAAACAAAAGGCCUGAUGAGUAGAAAUUCCACACUUUCUCAGAUCUUGCGAGAGGCAAAGGAAAGAGAAGAACAGCGGACAGUUACUGAGGUUUCCAUGACUACAGAGAAAAAAGCCCAUUAUGGGCUACUCUUUGAUGAGUUUCAGGGUCUUUCUCAUUUGGAAGCUUUAGAGAUGCUUUCUAGAGAGAGUGAAUCAAAGGUGAAGUCAGUAAUAAGCACUCUCUCUGGAGAUGAGUUAGAUGCUUUAAAGGCUGAAUUGGAACAGCUCAAAGAAGCAUUUUCGUUAGCUGAAUUUUAUGAUGAUGAAGAAGAAGAAAAGAAGGAAGAGGAAGACUUCACAAAGGAUGUAAAAGAUCUCUUUUCACAAUUGCGUGUUGUCUCUUCAACGCCAGCCAAACUGACCCAAGCAAGGAACUCUGCUUUUGAAUUGGCAACAAACCUCAGUGUGCAAACUGCAAGACAAGAAAGACCCCAUGAAGAAGACCAACAAGUGGGCUCAGGGGAUGCUGAACAACAGGAUAAAAAAUCAGUAGAGGAUAUUCACACGUUUGCAAUCCGAAGCUUGGCUGAAUUGACAGCUUAUUCCAUUGAAGUGUUCCACAAAACCGCAGCUCUGGUUCUUCAUAGUCAGGAACAAGAAGUGCUAGCCAUCAACCGAGCCAAAGCCCUUUCACAAAUGACCAUUGUGUUGUGCAAAGAAUUGUCAUCUCUUGCUAAAGGCUUUGUUACAUGCUUAACAGCUGCAGGGGUGGAAGAGAAGGCAGAUGUCCUUAACCCCUUAAUCACUGGAGUGUUUUUGGAGGCUUCAAACAGCGCCUCUUACAUCCAAGAUGCCUUCCAGCUGCUUCUGCCAGUUCUGCAGAUUUCCCACAUCAAGGCUCGGACAGAGUUAACACAGCAAUAAAUCAAAUCUCUGUAUUAAAGCAGUGACCCGUUCGACAUGAAUUACACCUCCCUGGUUCAACAGAACAAUAGGAGCAUGAAAUGAAAGACAAAUGUUUUCACCAUGUUUCACUGGCCAGUAAUAACAUGCUGAAUGGCCAUCAUUGAGCUGCCUAGGCUUCCCGGUGAGGAGGAUGUAGUGCAGGCAACUUUGCAAGUUCAAAGCGUGGGUUGGCAUUGCCACUGUGCUGGUUCGUGUCCUUUCUACUUCUCCUCCUUACACUUUGUUUAGAAAGUGUGGGAUUAGGCUCUUUGAGACAAGAUUAUUGUUAUCAAGAGAGAGAGAGAGUAGAGGGGAUUGUUUAGCUACCUAGAGGAAAUUUGAAGUUAGUAAUUGUAUAGCAAAAUGUUCCACGUACACUUUGAACGGCAAUUUCACCCUGGAUUAUUAGAUAUUUUGCAUGAAGUUACUACAAAAAAAGAAUUCCAUCACUUUUCUUCAUGCCCAUUCCUCAGUGUCCUAAACAUUCAAAAGAAAAACAAUCAGUAAGGACAAGGCUGCAAUCCUAUGCACAGUUGCAUGGGAGUAAGUCCCAUUGGACACAGUGUGACAUGUUUUCAAGUAAAUGUGCAUAGGAUUAAAGUACAAAUGUGUGUGUGUUUUUAAAGACAUUUGUCCUAGCCUUGUCUGUUCUAUUAACAAAACCUUAGAGAUAAACAGGGAAUUCUAAAAACUUUCUUUUGAAAUGACAAUACUUCCAAACAAAUACAUUUCUUUGGGCAUACUUGUUUGGGUAGAGCAGAAACAUAGACCUGAUUUGGCCAAUACAUUUUGAAUGCCUAGCUCUCCAUUAAAAAUAUGUUAAUAAAAAGAUUUAAAUAAAACAUAGCCCAAAGAGAAUUAGCUCCAUUUGAAUUCAGGGCUUUUGAUAUAGAAAGCUAACAUAAGAAAAGUGUACAGUAAUUUGUUCCUCUUAGGCCUAUUUGAAGUGGCCAAAUACUCCUGCUCUGUUCUGUGGAGAGAGCAAUUCAUGGCUGUGGGAUCCCUGCCUAGAUGCCCAGGCUUAGAUUUGCUGCUGCUUCAUGUGGACAAGCUCCAAGGCUUUCAGGACAGAAUUAUUUCUAUUUUUAUAUAAUUAUUGCUUUGCACUGUUUUUAUCUUGUACUGCUAUGGGAAGGUGGUUUUCCCCCCUCCCAACUUUGUGCUUGGAAUCUAAGUGCAGGAGAAAUUAUUCUAUGAAUCUUUUUGUGUUAACAAGGAAGCCGCUUGCUAUUGUCAUUGCCUCUCCUGCCUCUUUCCAUAGCGUGCAUAUCUUAAUCACUACCCAACCCCACCCCAAUUUGAAGAAUAAAGCUAAUGCUUGAUCAAGAAGGGGAAAAAUUGGACGUAAUCAAAUUGCAGCUUUCUGUCAGUUUAAAAGAGUGAAAGAUUAGUUUAUGGCCUGUAUAGUCAGCAUGGUGGUGUCCUCAUGAGGUUGUUCUUCAAUCCCUGCCCUCAUGGCUAAUGGCCAGGGAUGAUGGAAAUUGUAGUACAACAACCUCUAGAGGGCAUAGUGUUGGCUAUACUUGGUUUUUUGUAAUGUUUUAGCAUCAGUUUCAGCGUUCACACUAAUUUGUUUUUAAAUCUUCUGGCUGCUAAAUCUGUUUCCUUGCAUACUCUGUUACUCAGAGAAGCAGUGUUGGAGCAAUACACUCAGAAAAGUGGCAACAAACAUAUUCAGUGUUAUACAUCAGGGCAAAAACCCUUUCUUGAGUUUUAGAUAAAUAUUCUAUUGUUUUGGACAGAUUCUUUUUCUAGCAAAGAAUCUAUAUUUUGAAUAUGUAUGAUAUUUGUGAAAUCUGCACUAUACUAUAUAAUGAGAAUAAAUGUUCUGUGAUGCAAUAAAGAGAAGGUUUUCCAAUAACAA